AUGACAUCUUACGUUCGGGGCAUAAUCAUGUCCUUCAUAAUGUUCACCGCGCGCUUCAGCAUUUUCAUCACCGUUCUACUCUACGUCACCUAUGUGAACCGCAUCACCGUUGAGAACGUCUUCUUUCUCACUUGCUACUACAACAUCAUGAGGCAAACUAUGACAUUGUUCUUUCCGCAGGCAGUCGGACAGGAGCAAGAAUUGGCAAUAAUCCAGCUUAUGCAGGACAAGACUCGUGAAGUACGCGAGGAUGAAUCUUCGCCGAAUCUGCAAAGCCAAUCAAUAUUGCAACCGAGCACGGUCAGCUUGAACCGACGUCACUGGUCUACGAUAUCGAACAUCAGCUUCGCCAUUAUUUUGAACCUCGUGGGGGUAAUUGUGGUUAUAUUGAUGACCGAUAUGACUAUGUUGAUACCGAUCAUAACCGCUAUACUGAUAUUUUACAUAUUUCGCGUCAUAUACGUACGCACGACGAGCGCUAUAAAACGUCUAGAAGGGAUUAAUAACGAGGGCAGCAACGUGGGCCUUGUAAUAACACAGUCAAUUUCGCUCACUGGCGUAUUCCAAUGGGGUAUGCGACAGUCGGCCGAGAUGGAGAAUCAAAUGACCAGCGUCGAAAGGGAGCCAGUAUUGUUUAGUGGCACUUUGAGGAAAAAUUUAGAUCCCUUCGACGAGUACCCAGAUGAAUUGCUCCUGAAUGCUCUAAACAACGUCGAGCUCUUGAAUGCAGACGAUGGCGUUGGCGCGCUGUACAAGCCGGUGUCGGAGUGCGGCGCCAACUUCAGCGUGGGCGAGCGGCAGCUGGUGUGCCUCGCGCGCGCCAUCGCCCGCGACGAGCGCGUGCUCCUAAUGGACGAGGCGACCGCCAACGUGGACGCGCAGACCGACGCGCUCAUCCAGGCCGCGAUACGGCUCCACUUCCGCGCGUGCACCGUGCUUACUGUCGCGCACCGGCUCAACACCGUCAUAGACUCCGAUAAGGCGAGCCAUCAAGUCCAU